UUCUUCUCCCCGACGGGGUUGUCCCGCUCCCGGUCCCGCCCGGCCGGCGAAGCCGUGGGCUUCCGAGAGUGGGACAAGGAGCGCUGCCCUGCGGACGCCGGCUCGGACGGGCCGCCCGGUUCUCAGGCAGGCGGGGGCGGUGCCGAGGGCCGCCCCGCCCCUCGCAGCCUGCGCCCUGGGCCCGCCCUGCCCGCUUCCAGUAUGGCCGCCCGCCGCGCCUGACCCGCGGCCUCUCCGCUUCGACUCGGUGCGCGCGAUGCCCAGGCCGCGGCCGUGACUGACACUCCCGCUCUCAGGCGCGCACCGACCCGCACCCGCGGCCGGACCCGAGUCCCGGGCCCGCUCUCGCCCCCGCCACCGCGGCCGGAGCCCUGACCACGGCUCCCGCGCCGCCGCCUCGCCGAGAAGGGCCGCGCCGGACCGAGAGCGCUGCGGCCCGGGCCGGCAGGGAUGGGGAAGCAGGCGGCCGGAGGAGCGGCCGGCGCCGGCGCCGCUGUGGAGCCCGCGGCCGGCCUCCUCGGAGCGCUGCACCUGGUGAUGACCCUCGUCGUGGCAGCGGCGCGGGCCGAGAAGGAAGCCUUCAUUCAGUCAGAGAGCAUAAUAGAAGUACUGCGUUUUGAUGAUGGAGGACUACUUCAGACUGAGACAACACUGGGACUCAGUUCAUAUCAACAGAAAAGUAUAUCUCUGUAUCGGGGUAACUGCAGGCCUAUACGAUUUGAGCCACCAAUGCUGGAUUUCCAUGAACAGCCAGUUGGGAUGCCAAAAAUGGAAAAAGUUUACUUACAUAAUCCUAGUUCUGAAGAAACUAUUACUUUAGUAUCAAUAUCUGCUACGACAUCACAUUUUCAUGCAUCAUUUUUUCAAAAUAGGAAAAUUCUGCCAGGAGGAAAUACAUCAUUUGAUGUAGUUUUUCUUGCAAGAGUAGUAGGAAAUGUAGAAAAUACUUUAUUUAUUAACACAUCUAAUCAUGGUGUAUUUACUUACCAGGUGUUUGGUGUUGGGGUUCCAAAUCCAUAUCGACUGAGGCCAUUUCUAGGGGCCAGAGUGCCUGUGAACAGCAGCUUCUCACCCAUCAUUAACAUCCAUAACCCCCACAGUGAGCCUCUGCAGGUUGUAGAAAUGUACUCUAGUGGUGGAGAUCUUCACCUAGAACUUCCAACGGGUCAACAAGGAGGUACCAGAAAACUGUGGGAAAUUCCACCUUAUGAAACCAAGGGAGUGAUGAGAGCCAGUUUUUCAUCUAGAGAAGCAGAUAAUCACACAGCCUUCAUAAGAAUAAAGACUAAUGCUUCAGACAGCACAGAAUUCAUCAUUCUUCCUGUUGAGGUUGAAGUUACAACAGCUCCUGGAAUUUAUUCCUCAACCGAAAUGUUAGAUUUUGGUACUCUACGAACACAAGAUCUACCAAAAGUUUUAAAUCUUCAUUUGUUAAAUUCAGGAACAAAAGAUGUACCAAUAACAAGCGUUCGACCUACACCACAAAAUGAUGCUAUAACGGUACACUUUAAACCAAUUACAUUAAAAGCUUCAGAAAGCAAAUACACUAAGGUUGCAAGUAUUAGUUUUGAUGCAUCAAAGGCAAAAAAAGCAUCUCAAUUUUCUGGGAAAAUAACUGUUAAAGCAAAGGAAAAGAGUUAUUCUAAACUUGAAAUACCAUAUCAGGCAGAAGUUUUAGAUGGUUAUUUGGGAUUUGAUCACGCUGCAACAUUAUUUCACAUCCGAGACAGUCCCGCUGAUCCUGUGGAAAGGCCAAUUUAUCUUACUAACACUUUCAGUUUUGCAAUCCUCAUUCAUGAUGUGUUGCUACCAGAAGAAGCCAAAACAAUGUUUAAAGUUCACAACUUCAGCAAACCUGUCUUAAUUCUUCCAAAUGAAUCAGGAUACAUUUUUACCCUGUUUUUUAUGCCAUCCACAUCAUCCGUUCACAUAGAUAACAAUAUUUUGCUUAUUACCAAUGCUUCUAAAUUCCAUUUACCUGUGCGGGUGUACACAGGCUUUUUAGAUUAUUUUGUAUUGCCCCCUAAAAUAGAGGAACGUUUCAUUGAUUUUGGUGUACUGAGUGCUACAGAAGCAAGUAAUAUUUUAUUUGCAAUUAUAAACAGCAAUCCAAUUGAGUUGGCUAUAAAAAGUUGGCAUAUCAUAGGAGAUGGUUUAUCAAUAGAACUCGUGGCUACUGAAAAGGGCAAUAGAACUACCGUAGUUUCAAGCCUUCCAGAGUUAGAAAAAUCCUCUUUAUCAGACCAGUCAUCAGUAAUACUAGCUUCAGGCUAUUUUGCAGUGUUCAGAGUCAAACUUACUGCAAAAAAGCUGGAAGGGAUCCAUGAUGGAGCCAUUCAGAUCACAACGGAUUAUGAGAUCCUGACGAUCCCUGUGAAGGCUGUGAUCGCGGUGGGCUCGCUGGCCUGCUACCCGAAGCACAUGGUCCUCCCGCCGGCCUUUCCAGGGAAAGUAGUUCAUCAAAAUUUAAAUAUUAUGAAUUCCUUCUCACAGAAGGUUAGGAUACAGCAAAUUCGUUCUUUGUCAGAAGAUGUACGAUUUUACUACAAACGAUUACGGGGCAACAAGGAAGACCUGGAGCCAGGGAAAAAAUCAAAGAUUGCCAACAUUUAUUUUGAUCCUGGACUGCAGUGUGGGGAUCAUUGCUAUGUUGGCUUGCCUUUUCUCUCCAGAUCCGAACCCAAGGUGCAGCCUGGUGUAGCCAUGCAGGAGGACAUGUGGGAUGCCGACUGGGGUUUGCAUCAAACCCUGUUCAAAGGGUGGUUGGGAAUAAAGGAAAAUUCAGGGCAUAGAUUGAGUGCUAUAUUUGAAGUAAAUACAAACCUUCAAAAAAAUAUAAUAUCAAAAAUCACCGCUGAGCUCUCCUGGCCUUCCAUUCUUAGCUCACCCCGGCACUUGAAAUUUCCACUGACUAAUACAAACGGCUCUACAGAAGAAGAGAUCACGUUAGAAAAUCCUGCAGAUGUUCCUAUCUAUGUUCAGUUUAUUCCUCUGGCUUUAUAUUCCAACCCGUCGGUCUUUGUAGAUAAGUUAAUAUCAAGGUUUAACUUGAGUAAGGUAGCAAAGGUAGAUUUGAGGACCCUAGAAUUCCAAGUCUUCAGAAACAGUGCUCAUCCACUGCAAAGUUCCACAGGAUUUACAGAAGGCCUAUCUCGCCAUUUGAUUUUAAACUUAAUCUUAAAACCUGGAGAAAAGAAAUCUGUCAAAGUAAAGUUUACCCCAAUUCACAACAGAACUGUUUCUUCACUAAUCAUAGUCAGAAAUAACCUGACCGUGAUGGAAGCUGUGGCAGUGCAAGGCCAGGGGACGACCGAGGGCCUGAGAGUGGCCGGCAGGCUUCCGGGUCCGGGCAGUUCCUUACGCUUCAAAAUCACAGAAGCAUUGUUAAAGGAUUGCACAGACACUUUGAAACUAAGAGAACCAAAUUUCACACUGAAAAGAACAUUUAAGGUGGAGAAUACAGGACAACUUCAAAUUCACAUAGAGGCCAUUGAAAUCAGUGGAUACUCGUGUGAGGGAUAUGGCUUUAAAGUUGUUAAUUGUCAAGAAUUUGUACUAAGUGCCAAUGCCUCUAAGGAUAUAAUCAUAUUGUUUACCCCCGAUUUCACAGCUUCUAGAGUUAUUCGUGAGCUGAAGUUCACAACCACCAGUGGCUCUGAGUUUGUGUUUAUGUUGAACGCAUCCCUCCCGUACCACAUGUUGGCAACCUGUGCGGAAGCCCUGCCCAGACCCAACUGGGAACUGGCUCUGUACAUCAUCAUCUCAGGGAUAAUGAGUGCCCUCUUUCUUUUGGUAAUUGGAACAGCCUACUUGGAAGCUCAAGGAAUCUGGGAGCCCUUUCGCAGGCGACUGUCCUUCGAGGCUUCAAACCCACCCUUUGAUGUAGGAAGGCCGUUCGAUCUCAGGAGAAUCGUUGGUAUUUCAUCUGAAGGAAACUUGAGCACACUCAGCUGCGAGCCCAGCCACAGUCGGGGCUUCUGCGGGGCAGGUGUCGCAUCCUCCAGACCCAGCGCAGGGAGUCAUAAGCAGGGUGGCCCUGCUGUCCACCCACACAGCAGUCACGGCAACAGAAACUCGGCUGACAUGGAUGGCGUCAGAUCCAAAAACAGUUCAAGUACCUCUAGCAGGACUUCUGCACAAGCAGCUGCCUCACCAUCUGUUAACAGAACGAGCCCCCUUGUCUUAGACUCACACGCAGUGACCCAGGGUCACGCAGCAGGGAGAAAACCCAAAGGGGCCAAACAGAACCAGCAUGGCGGCCAGCACCAGGUGCACAGCCCCCUGGAGCAGCCCUCACCACCUCCACCAGCACCGCCAGUGCCUCAGCACCCGGAGCCACAGCCCGCCCGGCUGUCCCCUGCCCCCCUUGCGCACCCUCCCCACCCAGAACGUGCCAGCAGCACCAGGCACAGCUCAGAAGACUCAGACAUCACCAGUCUCCUAGAAGCCAUGGACAAGGACUUCGACCCCCACGACUCCCCACCCCUGCAAGUGUUUACAGAGCAGCCUCCAUCGCCGUCGUCAAAGAGCAAAGGGAAAGGAAAAUGUCUUCAACGCAAGGUUAAACUGCCCAAGAAGCAAGAAGAAAAAGAAAAGCGGGGGAAGGGAAGGCCACCGGAGGAUGAGCUGAAAGACUCUUUGGCUGACGAUGACAGCUCCUCCACCACCACAGAGACCUCCAACCCUGACACAGAACCACUUCUCAAAGAGGAUACAGAAAAACAAAAGGGAAAACAAGCCAUGCCCGAAAAACAUGAAAAUGAAAUGUCUCAAGUGAAGCAAAAAAGCAAAAAACUCUUAAAUAUUAAGAAAGAAAUCCCAACAGAUGUGAAACUCAGUUCUUUAGAGCUACCAUAUACUCCCUCAUUGGAAACUAAACAGCGUAGAACUCUCCCAACCAAGAUUCCUCUUCCAGCCGCAUUGACAAGUGGAUCCAAAUCAAGAAAUUCCCAGAAAACAAAAGGUACAAAUAAUAAGUUAGUGGAUAACAGGCCACCUGCCCUAGCAAAAUUCCUCCCAAGUAGUCAAGAACUAGGCAACACGAGUAGCUCAGAGGGUGAAAAAGACUCUCCUCCACCAGAGUGGGAUUCGGUGCCAGUUCACAAACCCGGCAGCUCUACCGAUAGUCUUUAUAAACUUUCUCUGCAAACCCUCAACGCAGACAUUUUCUUAAAACAACGCCAGACCUCACCGCCACCCGCCUCGCCCUCCCCGCCGGCCGCUCCGUGCGCCUUCACGUCCCGGGGCAGCUACAGCAGCAUCGUCAACAGCAGCUCCAGCAGUGACCCUAAAACAAAGCAGCCAAGCGGAAGCAAACACAAAUUGACAAAAGCUGCCUCGCUUCCCGGCCAGAACGGCAACCCCACCUUCGCCGCAGUCACAGCCGGCUAUGACAAGAGCCCAGGUGGAAAUGGCUUUGCUAAAGUGUCUUCAAAUAAAACAGAUUUUUCCAGCAGCCUUGGCCUUUCCCACACUCCGGUUGACAGCGACGGAUCAGACAGCUCGGGUUUGUGGAGCCCCGUCAGCAGCCCAGGCAGCCCCGAGUUCACACCCCUCAACUCCUUCUCGGCCUUUGGGCAUUCUUUUAAUCUAACGGGUGAAGUUUUCAGCAAGCUUGGGUUAUCGCGAUCAUGCAGUCAGGCCUCACCGAGGAGCUGGGGCGAGUUUAGCAGCAGCCCUUCCUACCUGUGGGACUCCCCAGCGACGGACCCCACCCCUCCCUGGCCGGCCAGUUCAGGCUCCCCGACCCAUACAACUGCAUCGGUCCUCGGCAGCCCCAGCGGCUUGUGGCCCACCACCCCCUUCAGCACCUCGAUUUGGUCCAGCCACCUGGGCAGCGCCCUGCCCUUCCCGACCCCAGCAAACCCGCUCCGGAGCGUGGGCCUUGCGGGUGCGGACGACGGCCCCGCGCCUCCCACACCCCGGCCGGCCGACGACCUGGGGCAGACGUACAACCCCUGGAGGAUCUGGGGCCCCACCAUCGGACGGAGGAGCUCCGACCCGUGGUCGAAUGCACACUUCCCUCAGGAGAACUGAAGUUAGGCCAAAAAAAAGCAAAACACAAAAAAAUGGGGGUCCCUGGUCUGGAUUGUGACGUGCCAGUUUUUGAGACACCUUGUCAAGGCUCUUACUGCCGUUCCUUCCCCUCCCUCUCAUUAUCGCAGGGCAGGCUUGCACCACUCGCUUCUUUCAGAUCUUUCUUGCAAUUAUGAUAAUACGAGAUUUGCUAUUGUGCUUUUAGAGAAAAGUCUGGACUUAGCCACAAACUCUUGAAAAUUUUACCUGUUCCCGAGGUUUCACCACCUGUCAUUUUCCAGUCUUGACUUAUCUGUAAACACACAAAUUUGACAGCUAAGGAAGUAAUUUGAGUUAAUUCAGAAGUCCUGGCAUGUGACCAUUUUAUUAAAUUACCAAGUUUGGUUUUUAGUAAUUUCACUAUAUUAUACAUCAAGAUCUAAUUUUAAAAAUGUACAAGGACUUUGUGCUGAAAAAUACAGAGUAUUUUUUUAAAGUAAGGCUGUCUUGAUUUCAAAGCAUAUUACAGAAAUGUGAGUCAACUCAAGAACAGUGAAUGAAUGUAAAAACAUUCAGUUGAGACCAUACACAUUUUCUGUGCUGUUUGUACUUGAGGUAUGUAACAUUUGUAUACCUGAAUUUAUUUUAAAGAACUGAAAUGCACAUAACCAAGUCUUGAGAUACAAGAUUGAAUGUGUAUUUCAUUAAAAUACAACUAUGUGUUGUACUUUGAAAUAAAUGCUUUUUUCAAAAGCC